UUUCCACGCUUCAAGCAAGCAGAGGCAAACGGAAUCAACAAUAGUUGUACAUGGCUUCGCUGUCGAGAACGUUCUGCUCUAUUUCUUUUUAAAGCACAUUGCUGGCAUUGGAUUUGUACAUCUAAGGCGAAAAAGAUCAUCAUGAAUGAAGAAGAGCAGUUUGAGAAUAUUGAUCUUAAUGAUGACAAUGUUUGCAGUGUGUGCAAACUGGAAACAGAGACGGGAACAUUGUCAUUUUGUCAUAUAUGCUUUGACCUUAGUAUAGAAGGUGUACCAAAGUCAACGCUGCUACAUUCAACAUCUUUCAGAGGUCACAGAGACUGUUUUGAAAAAUACCAUUUAAUAGCAAACCAGAAAUUUUCCAUAGCCAAAUCUUCUACAAGCACAUACAAAGGCAUGAAAAAUGCUCUCAGCCAAAAAAUUAGCUGGAUUGUACAAUAUGCACAAAACAAAGAUGCAGUCUCGGACUUGGAGCAAAAAACUGGCAAGCAUGAGCUACUCUGCUAUACUCAGCAAGGUGAUCGGAAACUUGUUCCCCAGAGUGACUCACAAGUGCCUCGUUAUACACCAAGAUGGACAGAGCAGAAUGGCCUCCCAGAGUAUACCAAAGGCAUUUUGGAGUCUAGUGAGUUGAGACUUGGAUUAAUUUCAGGAUCUGGCGCUUCAUACCCCUCAGACAGAAUUAUGUGGUCUGGGACAAGACGGUCUGAGGAAUCUGAGAAACAAUCAGUUGAAUCGAACAGUUCUUUAACUCGAAGAUAUAAAUGCCAUACAAAAGAAGAAUUAACAAAAAUGACCAUUGAAGAUUUGGCCCAACUAAAUGAAAAGCUUCGCUGCCAGAUUCAAGUCAUUUUUGAAGAGCUGACCCAGGAAGUCCAGGAGAAGGACUCUUUGACAUCAGAACUUCAUGUACGACACAUUGCCAUUGAACAGCUUUUCAAAAACUGCUCCAAGUUGCCUUGGCUUCAGAUAGGAAGAGCUAGAAACAAAGCCAGCAAUGCAACUCUUCAGUGAAGACAAUUUCUGACUUUUGGAUCUCCAGACGUUUUCUGAUUUUUGGAAUAUUCCUCACAAACUUAAACUGAGUGGGUUUUGAAAAAGAUGAGAAAAAUUGACAACCAGUUGUGUGCCUGAAAAUCAUAAUUUUACUAAAAUUCCAGCAGAUAGAAUGUGUUAAAAGUGGUGGCCGUAUACUAUAAAGACAAUAAGUAAAACUGGAACUUUCACGUUUUGUUAAAGAGCAGGGACAAAAGAGCACCAAAGCUUUUAAGUUUAGUCCCUGGAUUUAAUACAGUGGAGUUGAAGAUUUCAGUUUCAUCUUACUCUUUCAUGGGAGAAAAAACCUGUAGGACUGGAGAGGACACUGUGAAAAAGUUACACAAUAUAAUGAAAUGAAAAGCAAUUGAUUGAAUCCUUUGUUAUAAUGGACUGCACAAGUGUGUAAAUCUAUGCAGUUUUGCUUAUCUGAUUAGGUUUUGGUGCCGAGUACCAAGUAUACAGUAUAGACUUCUGCAAGAUUUUGUGUUUAUAAAUUUCUUUUCACUUUUGGUCCUGCCUUUUGCUGCUUAUUAUUUUUUGGAGUACAAGCCAGAGCUUCACCUGCUUUCAUCUUCACCCUUGGUUUUUCAAAGUAUUUAUUUUGCUGCCAUUUAUAAAAAAUAAAAAUAAUUCUUUGAAUAUUUUUUUUAAUCAGUAUAUUGUAUUUAUUUGCAGUGCUUUGCAUUUGCCGAUGGGUUUAUAUACAUUUUCUUUUGAAUAAUGUUGAUUUUUGCCUCUUUUGCCCUGUUUUAAAUUGAAAUUGCUGCAGUUGCUAAUCAGCAGUAGAUGCCCAAAUGUGACCUCGACUAAAAAAGUAAAAUAAGGAAGGAAAAUGAUGCUGAUUUGGGGAAGACACUAAGCUUUAAGUCAAUGUAAAAUUUGUUGUUAAGAUGUCUUAUCCAUCUUUGAAUAUUGCAAGGCCAUUCUAUUCUUGUUAAAGAAAACAUUCUGCAAAAUUUCUGAUCUGUAUCUAUAUAAUACAGAAUGAAAAAGUUGUGUGUUUAAUUUCUUAGACAUUCAUAAGAAUUCUGAGGCAACUGUCUUAGGGUUUCAUGCUGUUUUCAUCUUCACAACAUGUGUAUCUGUACUCUUGCAGACCCAAACACUUCUCUUUUCUGGACUAUUUGGCAGUCUGGGUACCAGAACUAAUGAUAUAAAAUUGACACAAGGGGAAAAAAAUCCAGUGUUCAAGAUUUCUUGUUAGAGUUCUCUGUGAAGUUAACGGUGAGCUCAGGGCUACAUUACUAUUGACCAAAAAUAGAAUUGUUUAAAUGUAGCAGGAAUAUUCCUUGAGUAACAAGAAAUUUGAUUUUAUCUGGGCAUACUCUGGAGUAAUAGGUUUUGAAAAACAAGGGUAUUCACUUUUGAGCUUGAAUUUAAACGUUGUUAACAUGCUUAGACUGCUGCUGCCUUUUUUUAAUUUUUUUUUUAUUUUGAUUGUGAAAUCUUAACUUUUGCAGUGUUAUAUUUGUAUUAGAGUUCAGGACUAGAGUAAAAAUAGUUUUUCUUUUCUUUUUUUUUCUUUUUUUUUUUUAACAUUAAUGGAACUUUAAACCCAGUGCAAGAGCAAAAAAUGUUUUUUUGCUGAAAAACAUUUCAAUACCUUAAUGCAUAAUAGAUCAAGAAGGAAAAUGACAUCUAAACAUUACAAAAUAUAUCUUUGCAAUAUGCAGCUUUGAUGCUUGUUUUUUUUUCCUUCAGUUAAUAAAUAGACCAUUCGUAUUUUUGUUACAUUUUUUAUAAUAAACAAUAAUGGUUUGAUGUCACUUAAUGUGCUUUCCUCAAUUAUCCCCACCAAAUCUUUUUUUUCCCUCAAUCAUCAGCUUUUUAUAUUUAAUUUAUUAGUUAAUUGAUUUUCUAAAUUGUAAUUUUUUUGAAUGAUGCAGUAUCCCAAAUUGACCUUCAUUCUUUUUGAUACUUUUUUUUAUUAUAAAAGUAUUUUUUUCUAUUGCAUGUUUCUAUCCAGUGAGUUAACUGUACUAGAAUUUUAACACAGUCUAUAGAUAUGCCCUUUAAUUCAAGUAAACACCUUUCUUGCUGUUCUUUUGCAGAUAAAGUAAUUGUGCUGUUUCAAAUGUAGCCUCCUGCAUAAUAUUACAUUUGAAUAUUGAAAGCAAUUCAUGAUUAAGCCUUACUACGAGCACAAUGUAGUGUUUACCGUGGGUCAUCUUGAUCCACCUUAGUGUGACAGUAAUGGUUGUCCUUAUGUUUGUCAGAGAAUGUAAAAGAGAUUUAUCAACAAAGAGUACUAGUAGUAGUAGAAUAAAAGAACACAGUUGAUGUAAGGCUAGCCUACCGAAGGACAGGCUCAGAAUGUGCGGCUUUGCUGUACUGCUUGCCAACCUGCAUUACUUUAAAAGUGUUUUUUUAAUAAAGGUGGAUUUCAUAAUAUUAGGCUUAAUUUUCUUAGCAUUCCAGACAUGAUUGUUUUUGUAUUUGUAAUAACAUGCAUGGGCAAGACUGUAGUAUGAAAUAGCACUUGACUAGUCAAAUUACAGUAAAUACGUAAAAUAAAAAGGGCCUCUAGCAAUAUUGGUUUGGUAUCCAAAGUAUGUUUCUGGCAUGGGGGUGAUCUUGAUUUACUGUAAAUAUUAUAUAUGUGCAUGUUUGAUGCAGAAAAUGUUUUGCAUACAAAAAGAAAGUUCCAUCUCAAUUAAUGUUUCUAAAAUGUUUAGCAAAAUAUAUUUUGUUACGAAAAGGAGUGUUAACUUGAUGUUAAUUUCAUCUCACUUGUGUUUUUUGUUUUCAGUAAUUCUUUAGUGACAGAACUUGUCCAGAUGCAAAUUGUAUUGGAACCACCUGUAAUUUUGAACUGUGUGAAAUCACAUGAAAUGUUAAAAUGGAACAACACAUACGUUUUACCAUUUGUAGUGCAUGGGGCUUUUCCAUAUGAGGUUGUGUUUUGGUAAAAUCUUGUGUCUUUUUUGCUUACUCUCUUUGUAAGAGAUGCACACUUAACCCUUUGGGGUUUAGUCACACACCAUGUUUCUUUCUCCAAGUUGAAAUCAAUGCGUACCAUAUGAAUUGAACUCUGUGCAUGUUUUACAUUUUAAAACACAUUUGUCUAUCAUUUCAGAUGUUAGACACUUUUAUUACAAUUUAAAGCAGGUUCUUACUGCUAAGAGAAUAUUACAUCUUGUUUUAAGUUAUAAAAAUGGGAGUAUUUGAAUUAUAUUGAAGUAUGAAAGUUUAAAUUAACAAAGUGAAAGAUUCAAAUGUUAGUUUUACUGCCAUGUUAAAAUAAAAAGGAAAUAUCUGUGUGAAAUUGUGUACAAUCAGAUUGAGUUCUUGUUAGUGGUUAUAUUUAUCUUUGAAAGUGUGAAAUUUUGCAUUUGCUUUGCAUCUUUGAUGGGGUGGGAAAUGUUAUACGGUAGUAUUCAUAGGUUGCCUUCCUGAUGGCAUAUUUCAUUCCACAGUAAUUAAUGUUUUUGUAUAUAUCAUAUAUUUUUCUUCAGUAAAAAAAUAAAUAUUUUUACUAUACUUUGG